CCGCCACUCCAGUCAUGGCGGUUGUCGGGGCCGUCCUGGGUCCCGCCCUCGCUGACGUACCGCGGGUCACCUGACUCAGCUGCGGGCUGAAGAGACACAAGGGAAGUCGCCGUCGCGGGAGCUAGAGCCUCCGACCCAGGACUCCCGCGCCAUGCCGUCCGAGAAGACCUUCAAGCAGCGCCGCAGCUUCGAACAAAGAGUGGAAGAUGUCCGGCUCAUACGGGAACAGCACCCCACCAAGAUCCCGGUGAUAAUAGAGCGAUACAAGGGUGAGAAGCAACUGCCCGUCCUGGACAAAACCAAGUUCCUUGUACCUGAUCACGUGAACAUGAGCGAGCUCAUCAAGAUAAUUAGAAGGCGCUUACAGCUUAACGCCAAUCAAGCUUUCUUCCUCCUGGUGAACGGGCACAGCAUGGUGAGUGUGUCCACGCCCAUUUCUGAAGUGUACGAGAGUGAGAAGGAUGAAGACGGCUUUCUGUACAUGGUGUAUGCCUCCCAGGAGACAUUUGGAACAGCACUGGCUGUGUAAGACUAAAACAAUGCCUAAUGUUUGUUAAGCCCUUAUCAAGGAAAAAAGGGACGUCACCAGCGGAUGCUGGUCAGCUCACACUCACAGAUCAGAACGUAGGCGCCCACCUAGGGUGUUAGGAACUAUUUGUCAGCCAGAAACUGAGCUCCAUGCAAGCGCAUUCAGCUUGGAAACUCAUCUAAACUAGGCUCUCUUGUGUUCAAACUUUAGAAGUUUAAAAAUAAAAUACUUUGCAUCCUAAGUUGCCAAUAAAACAGACCAAGUUCUUUUGACAUUUUUCUCCUCAGUAGGGAUUUAAAAUGGAACAGCAUCAUCAGGAGCAGUCUCUUCCUGGGAUCUGCUGCCUUCUCUAAAAGGGCUUCAACUCAGUAGAUAAGUCUGCCUAAGCGGUCCCUUGGCCCGGGUUGUCUAGCAGAGGACCCCAGGGCUCUGGCUUUGACCAACACAGGUCAGAUAUGUAGGCUGUAGCUCUAAGUAGCCUGGUCCUGACCCCCAGCUGCACCACCACGUUCACCCUCAACGGUGCAAGGAAACUUAUUCGCUGCUGUCUAGAUGCUACCACAGCACUCACCACUGCUCAGAGGCCAGGUCCAGCCUUGAACAAGGGGUUGCUUGGUCCAGCUUCGUUCUUAAGAGGCUGCAAAGUGUUUUUCAACUGGUUUGGAUUUUGCCUGGCCCGUCCCUGCUCCAGGGAGGGGAGCAGGCAGGUGUGCAGUGCUGGCCUUCGGCCGCAGCUGUCCAACAGUAGACUGAACUCUGAAGUUGAAAUGCACUCCCAUCUGCACUUGGCUUACAGCUAUAGAUAAUGUGUCAGUGUGUAACUGUCGUUGUAAGAGUAGUUCUGUCAGAGAGCUGCUGAGAUUCUCCCACGUCACCUCAGUCCAUUAGAUGUCAGCUGUGAAGUCAACAGCAGCAGGAGACAGACACAUGCUCUUGAUGAUAUCCAUGGCCAGUUCCAACUAAUGCAAACCACUGCUUCCUGCUACCUGCAUGUGGUCCACUGUGACACUCAGGCCAUCCUUGGUCACUCACUCAUCUUUGUGAUCUGAGAAUCUCAGUGAGAACUGCCUGCUGUCAUGGAGGGAAACCAACAUAGCCACCUCCUACCCUACUCCUUACAGUACCCCUCCCCCUCCCUGCAUGCAGCUGUCCACUUGCUAACUUUCAAUUUGUUAUUUUAUUUACAUCAUGUAUAUUCUGACUACCCUGUUUCGUGUAGGUUGUGUGCGUCAUUAUUAUGUCCCCGGUUUUUAUAACUACGGUGCGAUCAAUAAGGAUUCCUGUAAUACUGCUUUAAAAAUGCUGCUCAGACGGGCGGCCUUCAUUUAUAGGACACAUGUACACUUUGAUGCACUAAGUGAAUAAAGGCACAAUUGAACCUGU